CCCUCCCGCCGCCUCUGUCUCCCUCUCUCCACGAACUGCCCGGGAGUGAGCAGCUGCUCUCCGACGGCCCGACGGACGACGGACACCCGGACUGCCUGAUCCCCGAGCCUGCCAACCAGCCAGCCUGCGCCCGGCCGCUUCCCCUCCCCAGGCACACCCACCAUGUGGCCCCUGUGGCUCCUGGCGUCCCUGCUGGCCCUGAGCCAGGCCCUGCCCUUUGAGCAAAAAGCCUUCUGGGACUUCACCCUGGACGACGGGCUGCCCAUGCUGAACGACGAGGAGGCUUCGGGUGCCGACUCGACCUCGGGCAUCCCGGACCUGGAUGCCCUCCCGCCCACCUUCAGUGCCAUGUGCCCUUUCGGCUGCCACUGCCACCUGCGGGUCGUCCAGUGCUCUGACCUGGGUCUGAAGGCCGUGCCCAAGGAGAUCUCGCCCGACACCACCCUGCUGGACCUGCAGAAUAACGACAUCUCCGAGCUCCGAAAGGACGACUUCAAAGGCCUCCAGCACCUCUACGCCCUCGUCCUGGUGAACAACAAGAUUUCCAAGAUCCACGCGAAGGCCUUCAGCCCCCUGAGGAAGCUGCAGAAGCUCUACAUCUCCAAGAACCACCUGGUGGAGAUCCCCCCCAACCUGCCCAGCUCCCUGGCGGAGCUCCGCAUCCAUGACAACCGCAUCCGCAAGGUGCCCAAGGGCGUCUUCAGCGGGCUGCGCAACAUGAACUGCAUCGAGAUGGGUGGGAAUCCCCUGGAGAACAGCGGCUUUGAACCUGGAGCCUUCGAUGGCCUGAAGCUCAACUACCUGCGCAUCUCUGAGGCCAAGCUCACCGGCAUCCCCAAAGACCUCCCCGAGACUCUGAACGAACUCCAUCUGGACCACAACAAGAUCCAGGCUAUCGAGCUGGAGGAUCUGCUCCGCUAUUCCAAGCUGUACAGGCUGGGCCUAGGCCACAACCAGAUCCGCAUGAUCGAGAACGGGAGCCUGAGUUUUCUGCCCACCCUGCGGGAGCUGCACUUGGACAACAACAAGCUGUCCAGGGUGCCUGCUGGCCUCCCCGACCUCAAGCUCCUCCAGGUGGUCUACCUGCACACCAACAACAUCACCAAGGUGGGCGUCAAUGACUUCUGCCCGGUGGGCUUCGGGGUCAAGCGGGCCUAUUACAACGGCAUCAGCCUCUUCAACAACCCCGUGCCCUACUGGGAGGUGCAGCCGGCCACCUUCCGCUGCGUCACGGACCGCCUGGCCAUCCAGUUUGGCAACUACAAAAAGUAGAGGCAGCUGCCGCCACCGAGGUGGCCUGGGCCGGGUCUCUGGGGAGCACAGCGGAUGUCCUAAUGGGGGUGGGGGGAGAGCAGGGGAGCGCCGGGUGCCCAGCCGCAGCCCACCAAGCCCCACCCUUGGUCCCCGGCCCCCAUCACAUGCCCCCUGUCCCCCAUCAUAGCCAUGCAGAGGCACCCCCACCAAGCUUUCUUCCCAUUCACCCCAAAGCCAAAUUGUCUGAGGCUCCAGUCCAAGGAACAUUGUCCCGCUGAACGCACCCCGCCUGCCUGCCACACCUCCCUCCUCGUGCCCCUUCCAGCGUCCAACCCUCCUGCUACCCUGUCCUCCUGUGUCCCCCGCCAGCCUGCAGCCAGUUCAUGGCCCAUCCACCUGAGCCUCCCUGCUCUACAGGCCCCUGGCCCAGUCCUCUCCCUCUGUCUCUGUCUCCCUGUCUCCUUCUCGUCUUUCACAUCCUCGGGCUGGGUCUGGUCCUUGUCUCGCUGGGUGGGCUGGGCCGUGGGGACCACGGCCCCCCUCCCAGCCGGCCCCACCCAGGCCUGGAAGAUGCUCGAAGAGGCCGGUAGGUGGAGGUAAUGCGCCCCCUGCAAGCUCCACCUUCAAGAGGGGAGCCCUGGACUCAGCCAGACCCUGAGAGCCUGUCUCCUGGGAGGGACCAGCAUGCCACUGGAGUCCCCAGCCCACUUGUCAUGCCCCCCUUGCCCCACGAUGGCUAGGACUCCCGUCCCCUUGCCUUCCAGUCCUUGGUGUGGUGGGGGUUUCCAGCGAUCGCGCCCAGCUUGAGGAGGGGCUGCUUCUGAGGCCGAUCGUUGUCUUUCAAUUAAAGAAACACUGUGCAAUA